UCAGAAAUCAUUCUAAUAUGCUGAUUUGUUAAAAUCUAAUCUUUGAACAGAGCAACUUAUUCCAGCACAAACAGUUGUCAAGAUGAGAUUGGGGAAUAAAACACUUUCUAAACAUUGUCUAAUCUUGCCUCUACAGGCUUGGGUUCUGUCUGCAUGAUUCAGACUAAUUGAGGACUGAGAUAAAAAGGUAUUAUGUAAAGUCAAAGAUGCUGAGCUAGUGGGAUCACUGAUUCUUUAAUUGGUUGGUUCAUGUUGCUGAACUGGUUUUGUGUAAUAAUUUGAUUCUAUACUACCUGUCAGUUGCCAUUACAGAGAUUGCAAAUUAACUGCUCGUCAUCCUACUCCUGUCUGAUUAUUCUGAUUGGGAUUUUAGUGUGAAGGGUUUUACAGUGAAUCCCCAUGGUGAAAUGUCUCUCCCCAUUUCCUCUGAGGAUUGUACAGCAAGAGCUCUGAUGCUAAACUGAAAGAAUAGUAGCAGGAUGGAUAUGAAAGCAGAAAUGCAUGAACGCAACAGAAUGGUAUCUUUCUCUGUGGCUGAAGGAGGCAGAGAGGGAGGAAAGAUGAAGGGUGUUUGGGGAGGGGUUUCAUUUAGCCUUUUAUUUAUGAAGAACUGGUCAUUCGUAUCUUCCAGUAACUUUCUGUCUGUCUUUGACUUUGCUUGUUGAAGUUCUUUACCAUCACGCCACUCUACAAAGAUUAUACGCACACUUUAAUAAUCAAGCUGCAGAGGUGACAAUGAAGUUUGAGAGCAUUCUGGACGAGACAGAUGGGUUUGGGCGAUACCAGAUUGCACUGGUCUUGCUGAUGUUUAUACCUCGCAUCACAAUCCCGUGUCACUUCCUGCUGAACAACUUUAUAGCCGCCAUUCCAUCUCACCAUUGUAACAUCAGCUUUCUGGGCUCUGAGGGAAUCUUUGAGAAUCUGACUCAGGAGGAGAGACUGACUGUCAGUAUUCCAGUGCAGGAUGAUGGGACUCCUGCUUCCUGUCACAUGUUCUCUUAUCCUCAGUUCCACCUGCUGUCAAACUCUUCCAGCCCCUCAGAGGUUGCUGUAGUCCAGUGCCAGAAUGGAUGGCAGUAUGACAACAGCACGUUCAUCAGCACUCUUGCAACACAGUUUGAUUUAGUUUGUAAGAAGAGGGGACUUGCCAAAGCAUCAGCAACCAUAUUUUUUGUUGGCGUCAUGGCUGGAACUGUGUUCUUUGGAGUGCUCUGUGACAAGUAUGGUCGUAGAAGUAUGCUGCUGGUGUCUUAUGUGUCAGCUAUAGUGUUCAGUGUUGUUAGUGCUUUCUCGAGCAACUACAUCAUGUUUGCUGCCUUCCGCUUCCUGACCGGAUUCGCACUGACGGGAAUCACCAACAUAUCAGUUGUUCUCAGUAUUGAGUGGGUGGACACUAAACACCGUACAUUUAUCGGUGUGUUCGGCAGUAUUUCCUGGAGUUUAGGCAACAUGCUGCUGGCCGGUUUUGCCUAUCUGGUCACUGAUUGGAGGAUGCUGAUAAUAACUGUCACUUCUCCUCUUCUUGUUGCUACAGGCAUUUGGUGGUGGAUCCCUGAAUCAGCGCGGUGGCUAAUAGCAAAUGGAAAGACAGAAACAGCAUACAAGUAUCUGCAAAAAUGUGCUACUUUCAACAAAAGACGAGACUUUACAUCUAGAGUUAAACCAGAGGCUUUGUCCACUGUAAUGACUGCAGAACACCAGGGUCACAGUUACACUUACAUGGACCUGUUCAAAACCCCACAGCUGAGGAGACUCUCAAUUUUCACCGGCAUAGUGUGGUAUGGAGUUGCUUCCACAUACUACGGCAUCAGCUUAAACAUCACCGGCUUUGGGCUUGACCUUUACCUGACACACUUCAUUUAUGCAGCCAUAGAAGUGCCAGCGAAAAUCCUCAUCUACUUUAGUCUCAAUAAGGUCGGCCGUAGAGUCACUCAGACUGGGACACUGGUGCUCACAGGAUUCUGCAUACUUAUUAACAUCAUCACACCUACAGAAUACUGGACGUUUCGCACUGUGAUCGCAGUGUUGGGUAAAGGACUUUCAGAGGCUUCGUUUACAACUGUGUUCUUAUACACCACUGAGCUCUACCCAACAGUCAUGAGGCAGAAUGGAGUUGGCUACGCCAGUUUUAUGGCUCGUUUGGGAGCAUCCAUUUCACCUCUUAUCAUGCUCUUAGAAGACAUUCGGAAGCUCCUCCCAGAGGUCAUUUUCUGCACGGUGGCCAUCUUUUCUGGUCUCAUCGCUUGGCUUCUUCCUGAAACCAACAAUACAAGAUUGCCAGAAACCAUAGAAGAUAUUGAGGAAAUUAGAAAGAAACCUAUCAGCUUCACAACAGAGAAUCAGAGUAACAUCCCUUUAAAGUUGCCCAUCUGUUCAGAAACAACGCAGUGAUAUGUAAAUCACUUCACAAGCACAAAAAGACAUCCUGCCAUAGUGACAAGUUUUAUAAGCUGUACUCAACAUCAGAUUCUGCCUUAAUUAUAUAAUUAAUAAAACUCUUGAAGUCUUGAAGUCA